AUGGAUUUAAAAAGUUUAUUAUUAUCUAUAUAUCAAUGUAACAGCAAUGUAUUAGAACUAUCACAAUCUAAACAGAUUGUAAAUACAAUCGUUCAAAUGAUAUUGAUAUCAGUUCAGCAAGAUAAAUCAUUAUUAUUGAAUGAAAUAGUUGAUACAUUAAAACAACAACUUGAUAUUAGUGGUAGUAAUACUAUUAAUAAUAGAGAUGAUUAUAUAUUAUUUUUAUUUAUAUUAUUAUCUGAAAUUGUAUCAUUAAAUCAGUCAUCAUCACCUACUACUACAAAAACACCAUUAUUCAUAAUAGAUAUCUGUAAUAGAAUAGUUAAUCAUUUCAUUGAACAAUCAUCUAAAUCGGAGGAAAAGAUCGGUCAGCUCGAUGAAAAAGUAUCGCUACUCUCCAGAUUGGUCGUUAGUAUGUCGGUUGUCUCUGGUGGAGAAGGUGAAUCAUCAGUGAUAUCUUCUUCAUUGUUGGAUGUUAUUCUAAAGGAUACCACUAGUAGUAAUACUUCAGAUGACGAUAUGACAGUUGGUAAUAGAUUCCUACAACGCUACAGUUUGAAUCUACUGAAUGAACUGUUACAAUCAAAGUCAACAUACCAAUUGCUAUCAACAGAGUUUCUCGAUCUGGUGUUAAACAAAAAGUUGUUUUUCAACAUUAAAUCACACAAUUCACUCAUACGUAGUCAUUCUUUUAAUGCCAUAGAAACAAUUAUAUCCUCACCAUCAUUACAACAACAACAGCAGCAGCAGCAAUCAAAAUGGUUAGAACAACUUUACAAUUCAAUAUUACAACAACAAUCUGAUGUCAAUGAAAGAUUGAAGCUAUUCUUUAGAUUUCACAAGUUAUUUAUCAGUUCUUUAGUACCAACAGUACCAACAUCUAAACAAUCAAAACAACAACAACAACAACAACAACAACAACAACAAUCUAAAUUACAACAACAACCAAUAGAUACAUUUAAUAUUCUUUCUAAAUCAGAAUUCUUUGAUGUUCUAUUCAUUAGUUUAAUAGAUACUGAUAAUGUACCGAGAAAACAAUCACUUCAUCUGUUAAAGACAUUCAUUUCAUUGCCAGCUAGCUGUUGGCAACAGCUACUACCGUUCAAUCCAAAACAAUGGACACUCUAUUUCUCGAUUUACGAAGCGUUCAACGAGACAAAGUCACAUCUUUUCAGACCUGUGUGGUCGCAACUCCCAAGAUUGAUCAGUGCCAGCACUUCUUUCGCCAGCGUAUCUGACUAUCGUCAAAGUAGUUUCUGGAUUCUUGUAUUGUUGCACCGUGGUUUCACCCAUAUCAAUCCAAACAUUAGACGUCGUGUCAUUGUAGAUCUCCUGACUGGCUAUUCUUUAGACUUGGCAGAGUCCAUCUCCUCCGCAUCCAGCUCGAUGCAACUAUCCACCUUGUUGUCUCCACUGCUCAGAUCCAUCGAUACACCCGACUUUGUCGUUCAACAACACGUUAUCGAUAGUACACAACAACUUACACCUUCAGCAUUAAGAAAGCGAGAACUUUUCGAUUUGCUAACAACCUUCUUGGAGAAGACAAUGAAGCUCAAUAGCAACAACGGUAGUCUAUUCAUUGAUAAUAUACUUGGUUUGGUUGUAUCAUCGAUGAAUGACACCAAUGGAGUAAUUAUGAUGUUGGAAGUAUUGAUUUCUCUUGUUAAAUCCAAAGCAAUGACAUUUGUUAUUGCCGAUCCAACAAUGGAGAAGUUAAGAUGGCUGCUAGAGACACAUCCAAUUCACAAUGCACCAUCCAAUAUUUAUCUCUACCAGAGAGUGCUAAUGUUACUAGUGGAAAUGGAACAUCCUACCAAUCAAUCACCGAUAUUCAAGCAACAUUGUGUAAAGAUACUCUCGCUCUUACCAAAGUCAAUGGUUGACGAAUGGAAUAUUGAACUCUCAACAGUUCUAAAUAAGUAUGACCCUGAGUGGAUUGGCCAAUAUCUAGUGGAACACUUGAACCAAGUGGAAUCUACUUCCAUCGAUGACUAUGCCAGUUUAGCAAGAUUACUAAGAUUCAUUCCUAAGCAAUCGGAACAACUAGCUAGUUUUAAAUCAAUGAUUCUCAGUAGCAUUACAUUGGAUUCGCUAUUACUUGUUGGUUCGAUUGUUAAAGAGAAUCCAACAUUCUUCCAACUCGGUGAAAUAUUCUCUGUUGAUAAUAUAAAGACAAUCAAUAAUAUAUUCACCAACUAUAUUUCACAACAACCAGAGGAAUUACAAAAGAUAGCGAUUGAAUCGAAUGAUGGUGACAAUCAACUACAGUAUCAAUUCAAAAAGAUGGAGAUGUUGGUUGAUUUCAUUGCAAGACAACGUAGCUCAUUCAGUGAACUCGCACAAUCUUGUAAGGAUAUAUUACAAGAUGCUAACAACACCACUGGCAAUGCUCAAUCAAAGAGAUCAUUCGAUAUUCGUCAAAUCAGUUUGAUGCUUUUAAUUUGGCAACGUUGUCAUGCACCAGAGAGUAACAAGGAGAUAUCUAGAAGUUUCCUAUUGCAACUACUUCAACUUAGAGUGGAGAGAGGUGCAGGUUCAACUCUGACUCUUCCGAAACUAUUGGAAUAUCGUUGGCUUUGUAUUUUAGAGUUGCUGCAGGUGUCGGUCGACUGUGACGACGCUUCCGACAAAGAGGAGAUCGAAGAGAUUGAAACCAUAUGUCAGUUGGUCUUUGAAUAUGCAUUGGAUACACUUGAUAAUGCUACUCCAAACUCGUUGGCAUCGAUCUACGAUACAUUGCUACUGACUGUUGUACGUGGCAAUAUAGUUGUAACACCGGAACAAGCCGGUGACUUUGAACGUCUAGAACUUCCUGUUCUGACAAACGACGAAGAAAUGACUAGACUAUUCCAAUUGGCAUAUAGAGCAUUUUCAGAUUGCUCCAGAAAGUCUAUAGUUGUCGUUUCAUCGUUUAUCAACUUGCUAUUCCAUCCACUCUAUUUCCAUUGUCCAACGACCAUUCCACUUGUCAAAGAGUUCCUUGGAAAGACACUCACCGAAUGGGGUGAAUCCGCCAGAAUCAGUUGUGCACUUCUCAGUCAUUGCUGUGCGAUUUGGUCAACUCAUUUGGAAACACUUGAUACAUUCUUGGAUGAUAUUAUCAAUCUUUGUUUAUUAACAACUGAAGAUACAGACCAACAAUUGAUGGUAGUUGAAUCAUUACCGACUACUACUACUGACACCAAUGAUCAACAACAACAACAUAGCUACAAAAUGGCAAGUAACCAUGGUUAUAUUGUAAGAUGGUUCGUUAGUCAGUUGAAUCAAACAUCCCAACAGAACGAUAGUGCCGUCAGAUUCGUUCAGAGAUUGAUGUUGUCGUUGCUCGAGUUGAACAUUCAAGGUGAAUUGUCACAACGUGAGUACUCACAACAAAGCAAGACCAACAAACAAAAGUGUAGAUUGUGGCGUACUCUCUGUUCUUUGACUCAUGUCGAUAGGGUUUACUCUAGCGACCCGAUCUCGAUCGCACAUAUCGGUGUUGUCACCGAGAUGAUGUGGCGUAUCCUCGAAGUCAAGAAUCAUCCCAACGUCAGAUAUCUCAUUCAGCUCUUCAUUGUCAACAUUCUCAUUAGAACAGGCUCACCUACCACCGUAACACAACUGCUAGUUACCAAACUCAACCACUCCAACUAUGACUAUCAAAUAGCAGCAUCUAUCAUUAUCAUCUCCACCUCCUACCUCUACCAUCUACUCAACCAAGAACAUCCAAACGCCGAAAUGAUAGCACUACUAUUCAAAUCUAUCAUUCCAUGGUCAACUGAUUUCCAUCAUGCAGUACGUACUUGUACACAACUAGCAAUUCAUACAAUCAUUUCAAGAAAAUAUAAAAUCUUGGAACAAUUGAAUCAAAAUGAAAUAUUACAAUCUAUGUAUCAUUAUUUGGAUAAUAAUAAUCUACAGAAACGUUUGAGAGAGAAACAAUCGUUGUUUAUUCAAAACGAUGAUCCAAUCAAACAGUCAUUACCCUCGAAUAUAUUCACAGCAAACGAUGUUACCAGUGUUAUUGCUCAGGAUGACAAUGAAGAGGAUACUGGUGCAUCGGGUUCAUCCACUGAAAACAAAGAGGAUGAAGACGACGGAUCUCAAGGUUUGGCACUCGACGAAUCAGUUAUACCAAUGUCAUUAUUAGACGUUGCCAAACGACUCAUUAAAGAUUUCCAAUCACAAUUUCAAUCUAGAUUACAUCAACAACAAUCAUCAACAACAACAACAACUUCUAAUACAACACAACAAGAUGGUGCAGAUAUUGUUUCAAAGAGUGACGAUAUUGAAAUUGAGGAUUUCCAAAAGAGAAUCAUUCCAUGGGAACAAUCAAUGGCAUCAUUAGAAGAAUUAGUAGAUAACAACAACAACAACAAUAGUAGUAGUAAUUCAACUAAUAACAAUAAUAAUAUACGUCCACCAAGACAACAAAUGAUUAUUGUUGGUACAUUCAUAGAGAAUACACCGAACGUUGCUGGUCUUAUUAGAACUAGUGAGAUCUUCAAUGCCGAAGAAGUUGCUAUUCCAAAUAUCAAGUUGUUGAAUGAUCCUCAGUUCCAACGUGUGAGUGUUGCCGCUGACAAAUGGGUACCAAUCACCGAGGUCAAUCGUCAGAACCUGACAAGCUACCUGAAAGCAAAGAAAGCCAAAGGUUACUCUAUUCUCGGUGUCGAACAGACCAGCCAGAGUAAGAAUCUAGCAACCUUCCAAUUCCCACAGAAAUGUCUAUUACUUUUAGGUCAAGAACAAAAUGGUAUACCAGCUGAAUACUUGGAAUUAGUUGAUUAUUGUAUUGAAAUUCCACAAUUUGGAGUAACAAGAUCUCUAAAUGUACAUGUUAGUGCAUCCAUAGUUAUUUGGGAGUAUUCACAACAACAAUUGAACUCUAAACAAUAA